AUGACUACUAACUUCUUUCGCUCGAAACGAGUGUACAAUUGGUACAUAUCAACCAUUGCCGCAGCAUGCAUGGUUUUAUACGGUUACGAUGCCUCCGUUUUCAACUCAGUGCAAGGCUCUUCCAACUGGAAAGCAUGGUUCAACAACCCCGAUUCUAAUGUGGUUGGUUCGGUAAACACUGCUUACACAGUCGGAGCAAUUUUCGGUGGUUUCUUCUGUGGAGGGCCCAUUGCGGACUACCUCGGACGAAAGAUGGGCAUGGCAUUGGGAUGCGUCCUUGUUAUCAUUGCCACAUUUAUGCAGACCUUUGCCCCGUAUCAUAGCAUUGGAUGCUUCCUAGCUGGAAGAUGCAUUAUAGGUAUCGGACAGGGAAUUGCGUUGACCUCCGGGCCUAUUUACAUAGGCGAACUAUCACCACCUGAAAUUCGGGGCAAAAUCAUGACAUUGUGGCAAACAUUCUAUUCUGUAGGAUCCUUCAUCUGCUUCUGGGUCAAUUAUGGAUGCACAAAACAUACCGCCCACCUCGGCGAGUGGGAUUGGAAGAUGGUUGUUCUGUUUCAGCUCCUGGUCCCAGUCAUCAUCCUCAUCUUGUUGCCAACCAUACCUGGAACACCGCGUUGGUAUAUCCAGCGACAAAAUAACGUCGACAAAGCCCGAAAAGCACUCCGGCGUGUCCGUGAAAGUGAAGAGGAAGUUGAAGAGGAGUUAAAUCAAAUCCGAGGAGCACUGGAGUACGAGAAAGAAGCUAUUUCUAGUAACUAUAGCGCCCUGUGGAAGGACCGCUCCAUUCGCUAUCGACUGUUACUGGCGCUUGUGAUCAAUGCUGGGCAACAAUUAACUGGCCAGGGUUCCUUGAACUCUUAUUCAACCAUUAUUUACGAAAAGGUCUUUACUUCUUCAAGCCAGAUUGCACUGAUCAACGCGCUGAAUGCCACUUUUGGCAUCCUAUUUACUUUGAACGCAAUCUGGAUUAUAGAUCGAUUCGGCCGCAAAAUCCUCCUGAUAAUAGGUGGGAUCGGAAUGGCUAUAUGCAUGAUCAUAGUCGCAGCAGUCGAAACUGAGACCCCGGAUUUGGCCAAUGGAGCCAAGACCCAGUCUGUCGGUAUCUCACUGGUGUUCUUACUUUUCUUAUUUAUCUUUUUCUACAAACCUUCCUGGGGCGCAACGGUCUGGAUCUGGACAUCCGAAGUAUUCUCAAUGAACGUUCGAGCCCAAGCCGUAGGAAUGGCAUCGCAGACGCAAAAUGUGGCAAAUACUAUUUUCCAACAAUUUUUCCCAAUCUUUUUGGAGCACAAAGGCUUUUAUGCGUUCUAUUUCUUUGCUGGGAUUAAUCUUGUUCUUGCAGUUUUCGUAUUCUUCUUCAUUCCAGAGACAAAGAACGUACCCCUCGAAGAAAUGGACGUGUUGUUCGGAGGUACGAAUCACAAGAUCCAGGGCGAAAACAUGUUGGCAGAGCAUAAAUUGGGUGUUGGCGCUGGAAAUGAUGAGGGUGUCGUCCUAGAUAGGGCCAAACCGGCGGAUUCGGCACAUAUUGAGAAUUCGGAGGUUAAGAACGCAUAA